UUAGGUGUUGUGAUACGAACAGUGCAACAUUAAUUCCGCGACAUGCUGUCUCACCUGGUGUUAUGUCAAUGGAAGUGAGAGUGGCUAAAGAGAGAGAUUGAAAAAGAAAAGGAAAUGUGAAGAGAAGUGAACGAAUACAAGCAGUCAGGCAUUGUGCUUUUGUGCUUAGAUUGGAACUGUAACUUGAAGCACAGCUGAGGCAAGACAAAGUUACGACAAACGGAGAUGAUGAACCAACAGGAGCUGCGUAGAACAAUGCGCCCGCAACGCCUGGGAUAGCGCAAACAUGAAGAGGAUCUGUCUGCUGACAAUCACAAUGCAGUUCGUCACGUGUAUAACGACAGAUUCCACUACGUCAUUAGUGACCCAGCAGCCCACCACUCCCAGUCUAAAGGCGCCGCUUGAGCCCCCAAACGAGGUGGCCACUAGCAUUCCACCGGUGGUCUCCGCCCAUCAAAAGACAGAAGCACCAAUGCUUGGUUACAUCUUCGACACUCAUUCAAAUCUCAAUAAACACCAUCACCACGAUCAUAAAUGGGGACCACACUUCGAAGAAGUGGAGUUGGGUGCCAAUGCUACCAACAUGACCGUCCAGGUUGGAAAUACUGCCAACCUCAACUGUAGGAUAAGUUUCUUGCAGGAUAAAACGCGAAAGCUGUGGAUAAUAUCCAUAGAAAAUAUCAUAAUAAUGUUAAAGGCUAGAGCUCCAGAGGUGAUGAUCGUCGACGAGGAAGGACGCCCUCUGCAGGACAAGUACUACGAGGCAGAGAGCACCAUCCAGCUCUCUUGUAUCGUGCGGCACGUCGCUAUGACGUCAUCAGUUGUUUCCUGGUUACAUGGGGAUAGGACGCUGAACUACGAUACAACAAGAGGUGGAAUAAGUGUGAAGACAGACCUAAUGGAGGAGGGAGCUAAUAGUUCUUUAUCAGUGGCUCGCGUGAACAAGACGGACAGUGGCAACUACACAUGUUCCAUCUCUCCGACAGAAUACGCUACCAUCACAGUGCACGUGCUCAAUGGUGGGAGAAAGCCUUGCGGAACUUCAUCACGGCAGCCGGUGUCCGGUAGUACCGCGCUCCGAGGGCAUUCUGUUGCUCAUAUGUCUCCUGGUAGCAGUCUUCAGAUGAGCUCGCCUCAGCAACACAACGUCAUCAUAUCACCCGUAGUGCCUCUCGCAGAGCCCAAACACCAGACGGCGUAAUGGUGCCUACUCGAAUUAGUUGAUGUUGUGUUUUAAGUGGCAUCAACAUUUUUAUUAUUACUAUUAUUCUUACGUCUCGUCGUUGUGUUACAUGGGGACGAGUGUUACGGGCAACAACGGUGGUAACAACAGUGUUUAUUUUAACGGGCAACGCCUAUAUCCAGCCAAACAAGUCAUUAUCUUAAUAUUUUACAACACUUUCCAGAUAACCGGAGCAUUUAGAACUGACCAAAUAAUGCACAAUCUGUCGUGAUGUGUAUAAUUACGAACUCAAGGCAAUUUUCCUCGGUUUCUUAUGAGAGUAGAAGUUUUGUUAUCUUGUUCAAAAAGUUUCAGUUGUCCUCAACCGGUUGAAUUCAGAUCAUGAAAGAUACACUUUAACAACACCUUUCCAUUUACACAUUACAUUUCAAAUCGUCCCUUCCAUUCACGUAAUGUAUUAAACGUUAACUCCGUAAGAACUAAAUAAUUUAUUUUUGAAAUUUUCAUGAAAGUGAGGAUAUCGAUUAUAUACUUUAUUGCAGUAACGUCGUUUGAACUUGUGGGUAUAUUAAAGUUCCGGAGGAACAUGCUGACUUUAUCUUGAGGGCUACAGCAGUAUGUUCCUCUGAAAUGUUGGUAUGUAUCUACAAGCCAACACGGUGUUUUUACCAGGCAGACCGACACUGAUAAACAAAAAUUUCUUCUUCUUUUAACUAAUUUCUUCACUGACAGCUUCUUAUAAAUAAAACUGAUCACCCUCAAAGAUUUCAAUUUCUUUCAAUCUGAAAGUCUCUGAUAACGUCUGCAAGGUUUAAACUGAUGAAGCCUCGAAAGUGUUCGUUAAAUGUAACUACAGUUUUCACAGCCACAAAUUCUUCGCCUUUAGUUGAAUCCAAUGCUCAUUACAAUGUUCAGGUAAGUCCCCCACUGGACUCUAUUCUGGGUCAACCGAAUCUGGUCCACAUCUAAGCAUCCUCUCUCUAAUCUAAUUUAAUAGUCUCAUUACUCGAAAGCCCAGAUCCCCAUGUUUCCGUUGAGGUGUCAGGAUAAACAAAUUUCUAUGUAUCUUAUUAUCUCCCGACAUAAGUAGACAUGUACAAUUUAUGUAUAACGUUGAACAUAACAUAUUUUUUUAAGUUUUUGUUUCAUCUUUACGGAAGUGACACGUCUUUGUUUCAUACAUUUUAUGAGGUAUGUAUGAAAAUAAUCAAGAUAAUUGAAAUGUUUUAAAUGUAACAGUUGGAAUUUGGAGCAAUAUUAUUAGCAGUUUUUGCUUGUUACUAUUAGGUGCCUGCCUGCCAGCGUACUUACACGGCAAGAGACAACAUGGCACUGAGGUUAACAACAGCACGAAUUAUAACCUCUUACAAUUCUUCUCAUAUUGAUACACGGAAGACAACCGCUAAGAUAUUUACAUGUUAUUUUAUUGCGAUAUUGUGUUCAGUAAGCCAUAUACUCCCUAAUAAUGGGAGAAGUUGUGCGGAUUUUUAUAUGGAAAUACAAUAAAAUAACCAUCGAUUCAACGUUUGAACUGAAAGUGUGCGUUUUCGGAAAGGCAGACUGCGAAUAGUAGAAAAAGGAGAUAUGCAGAAUGAGUAUGUACUCGGAUGAUGGUGUUUGCUUAUUCCCCGGGUCCCGAAAACCCUCGAGAAGUGGGAAUACAGACUGCUACAAGAGCCCUAUUCAGAACUUCGGUUGUGAAUAAAUAGUUUUGAAUUUAAGAGAAAACACUACAGUUCUAUCAGCUGUGCAAAUAAAUACAUGAGCUAUGCUUCCAUAUAACUCUCAUCUCCUUACUUCAGAAAGUUGUAUGGGUAGAGUAUAAAUUAUAUUAGAAGUUGAGGGAGUGUAUGUAUGGCUUUAAAAAUAUUUAGUAACAAAAUUAAAGGAAAACAGUGUAUGCCAUAUUUAAACUUCUGCGAUAUUAACCAAUAAUAUUUCUACGAUUUGUGCAAAUACCUUUUAAUUAUCAAUAAUUCGUGACAUAAAUAUUCUUCUACUCGACAAAACUGAUGUACCUUGAACAAAAUGUUUUAAAAGAAACAGUAGUACACUUUAAUUUUAAUUAUAAUUUUAUAUGUUAAAAACGUUAAACAUGUGUAACACUGGUGGCCUGUUUACAACAUGGCUUUCAGUAGUAACAAAACCUGCUGUAACAUAUUAUUGUGGAAUCAGUCCCGUUUCGACAUUAGUAAUUGUUUUCAAAUUUGUAAGAUUUCUAAUUAUCUUGCUAUGACGCCAAGACACCGAGUCUUAUACAGCAGGUAGGCGGGAGAGAUGUCAUGUUUCUUUCUGAAUGGCAAGUGUUCAUGUAAUAUACACAGGACUUACUUGAUUAAUUGUUCGGACUUAGAUUUCUAAAACAGCUUCAGGCCGGGAUAUAUUGAUUAGUCUAUGAGCUGUCCACUAGGUCGCCGUUUAUAUUUUCUAUUACCAGUAAGGACCCGGGAUAUUUAUAUUCCCUUUAAUGCCCAAACUAUCUCUGGUACUCACCCGGUCUCCAAUUGUAUGUCUACCAGGAAUAAAGCGACCAGUGAUUAAAACUGCAAAUAGAACAACGCUAAUAACAUAAAGCCAUACUUUCACUCCCCGAUACGUUUCCACUGCCUAUAAAUACACAGAAAGCUUGGAUCAACCGAGGUGCUAUCCAAAAGUUCACGGAAUUUGCCCAUAAAAAGAAAAUUGGUUAUCAUAACUCUUAGUUUCCAUCGUCUCCUUCGAAGUAGUCCCCUUGGGCAUGGAUACAGCUAUCCCAGCGUCUUUUCCAUGAUUCCAUGAAUCCGUGGAAGUCUUCAAGUGAGAGUGUUUUAAGCAACUCCUGCGAUUCUGCCUGGAUCUCAUCAAUUGUGUCAAAACGACGGCCAUUCAAUCGAAAUUUCAUUUUGGGGAACAGGAAAAAGUCGCAGGGGGCGAGGUCAGGCGAAUAGGGUGGGUGGGGAAUCGCUGUCGUGUUUUUGGAAGCCAAAAACUGCCGAAAAAUGAGCGAUGUGUGGGCGGGCGCGUUGUCGUGGUGGAGAACCCAGCUGUUGUUCUCCCACUUUUCCGGACGUUUGCGCCUAAUGCCCUUUCGUAGCAGCUUCAAAACUUCACAAUAAAACUUCCCGUUGACAGUUUGACCACGGGGGAAAAAUUCCUUGUGGACAAUGCUUUGGAUGUCAAAAGAAAUAUCAACAUGGACUUCACAUUGCUGCGAACUUGACGUGACGUUCGCCCAUCCUUAAAGCGUUUGUACCACAAAAAAGUUUUACUUUCACUAAUAAAAUUCUCACCAAAUACUUCCACAAGCAUUCGGUGGGUUUCUACAGCAGUUUUUUUAAGCUUAAAACAAAAUUUUAUGCAGAUUCUUUGCUCCUUAAAAUCUACCAUUUAAAAAAUCACCGAACCACUACAACACAACGUUACAAAACGCACGAGACCCAAGAACGCGACUUUUCGCCUUCACGGUUGUUGGUACACUAAUUCUCAAAGGAUACUGCUCGCCCCAUCUAGCGGCGGCAGACCAUUCCACAACCGGUUCGAGCGUGGAAUUCAAAUUCCCUGAACUUUUGGGUAGCAACUCGUGUUUGGAUCCAUAUUCACAUCUUUCAGAUUCGCAAAAUAAUUUCGUAUUCACUAAGAUCAACAAGCGAUGCGCGAAAUCACAUCGCCUGUAGAUUCACACCAAAGCAACUAAAUUUAUGGUCCGUUCAACUCUCUGUGAAUUAAAUAAACAUUGCAUUCCACAUAUUCUAUAUAUUUCACACACUUAAUAAUUCUUCAGUAACGCUGCACACAAAGUUCCCAUUUGAUGAUGCGAUAAGCCACUGCAAACAACCGUUCUCUACUUGGAUAGACGAUGUGUAUCGCUCAGUGCUAUAAGAGAAAAGUUGCUUCCCACUUUUAUCGCAUUUUCCUUGUUUGUAGUUGCUUUGGUGUGAAUGCAUCAUAAAUCAUCAUAAGCUGAGUUUAUGGACCCAGAAUACUGACUGAGUCUUGGUUUAUGUAAUCAUAGCUCUGAGUGAUAUGCGAGCACUGAUGGUUACACGCUCUGUUAAAACAUAUUCAAAUUCAUAAAGUUCACGUCCAGGAAUUAUGUCCGCAUGGAAGUAAAUUUUAAUCAAAGACACAUAAUUGUUCAUAAAUAUUUUACCUAAUGGACACUUGCCAGUAAGUCACGAAGUCUAUCUUUAACAUAUUUAAAAUGAAACACAGGCCUUAGGAUAUGCAAGUGAUUAUGUUUUAUUCAACAAAUUUUCUCUUUUUUAAAUUGCAUUCAGUGCUGGAACAACACCCCAUUUUUGCUCAUGACGCGAAACUUGUAAAUCAGCCUCGAAAUGAAAUCAUCGAUCAAGGAGGUUUGCACAGUUACUGUAUUUACAAUUUACAAACAGAGAACUGAUUCAUUAGGCCUAUAACUGUCUUCCUUAUUACUGCAAGCUACUAGAGAGAUUUAGUAAGAUUGGACAUUGGUCAAAGCUAUCCUAAAUAACUGCUGUAGCUACUAUUGUUAGAAUGAAAUAAGGCAAGAAAAACAAUUUUGGACUUUAAUCCAAGUCUGUGUGGUGGCUAAGACGACCAAGAAAGCCAAAACACAUACAGUGGUAGGAAAACACACACAGUGCAUUAAAUACACAAUACAUGGAGAUAAUGGUAUGAUGCUAGAUUCUAGCAAGUUUAUUUUACCUUCAAAUGAAACAUCUUAUAUCUGAAUUUACUGUUGUAUUAAUGUCUAUUGGUCGUCAACACACGGACCGUAGUUCUGGUACAUAAUCUUCACAAUGAAUCACGUUGUUAUAUGAAAGCAGUUCAUCAGAACUUAAAAAAACCCACUGUAUUUUACACAUUUUUUAUUUUUUUAUUCUAAAUCGUUUAUAUUUCGUCCUUAAUGUCUUCAAAUUGUUUCGAAAAUUGUAGUUACUAACUACUUGAUGAUAUUUUAAUGAACGUUUUUAACCUGAAGAUAACGUAUAUUGUGACCAAUAAUAUGAACGAAAUUUUAUAGGUAUACUCUUUGGACUACACUACGUUUCCAAAGGAAUUUCCCACAACACGUCAAGGACAGUGACAUUAUCAGGUUGUUUCUUUUAUAAAGACGACUCAAAAGAACUUUGGAGUUACAUGGCUCGUGUUAUAAAGUAAUAAAAAUUCAACAAUCUUCUAAUAGUGACCUUUUACACUAGCAAUAAUGUGUUCUAAGAAUGGCGUUGUGUCAUGCGGAUAACUUAUAUUCUAGGAGAAACGCGGCCGGCAAAGACGUAGACUAGCAUGGACGGGACCAUAAUGUAUUCUGCUCUCACGCCGGAUCAUUAAGAACACACAAAAUGUUAGUAUUUCGGGAAAAAAAUUAUAUUUGAAGACAGACAUCCAAAAUUCGACAUUCUACACAUAAUCCGCAUACUGAGUGACCAAAGCAUUGUAAUUAGAUUUGUGGUUCUAAUGGCGGUAAAGAUGAGGAUUUUGGAUUUUGGUCUUCAAGAUUUUAACAGUAUGUGGUAUUAUAGGUAUAUACAACUUUGAAGAGGAGCAUACUGCCUUCAUCAGGACCUUCAGCUUAAGCAAAUUCAAAGUUUUUUUUUAAAAUGUCACUGCGGCAAAUAGAACACAAGAGAGCGUUUUUUAAAUAAUGCUAAUUUUAAUUGCGAAUUUAAUUACAGAAAAAAGUGCUAUUAAAUUUAAAUUCAAUGCUGAUAGUCAUCAGAAUAUUCCAUUUGAAUUUUUUUAAGACACAACGAAGGCAGCGAGGUAUACGAAUGCAUAAACUAGCUAUGCAAAACAAUUAUAAUUUUACUUCUAAUUCCAGAAAGGAAUUGUAACUCAAAAGUUUUAUAAAAUAAGGGAGGCUAAAUGCACAUUCUCUGAGAGGCACGUAUCCAUGAUAUUAAAAUGAACGUGUAAAAUAAAUAAAAAUACAGGCGUAUCACUUCUAACUUUCGAAUUUUAUUCAGACGCAGUGAAUGCCGAACAUCCUAUGCAUUCUGAGAACAUCGAGAUAUUGAUAUUACUUAACUUUCUUUUUUACAGAUAAUUAAAAAAUAAUUUUAUUUUAUUACUAAAAUAAUCUACAGAAUAUGCGUGUAUUCCCGAAAAUAUAUUUGUCUUUCUCCGUGCUUCUUAUUUUGUUCUGAGCAGGAUACGAACCAAACAUAUCAUAGUUAAACCGAAGCUAAUGUAAUAUAAUAUGUCUAUGAAACACAAGUGAGAUACGUGAAACACCUAGAACAAUUAUAAUAGCAAAUGUUUGUCAAAAAUUUACAUUCUUCGAUCAUGUUUUAAUGCGAACGUAACUAAGUAGGAUUAAAAAUAUGAACUCGAUUUUUAAGAUUCAUGUAAUAUUUCAGGGAAUACAGCCCUGUUUGACUUUAUUGAAAGUUGCAUACAUGCAUAUGUAAGUUAUACUCGGUUACAACAGGAGGCUGAAUAAUUCAAUAUGGGUGGAUUACCGAGGCAUGUGAAGUCAAGUGAAGUCUCUAAUAAUCUGUAUGCAAAAUAAACUUGCCUCUUAGCAUGAGCGCACCAGAAAUGUUUAUACACUGAAUGAGAAGCCAUUAAAUACACAGCUGUGCUCUUAAAUAUAUUCCAACACAUACUCAAUUUGCCAAAAAAAGCAGGUUUGAGUUGUAAGUGGAAUUUUUUAAUUUAAAUUCCUUGUAUCUGAUGUAGGGAACGAGGUCAUCUUUAUGCAAAUUUAAAACCAUAUAUAUGCUGCAUUAUUAAUGGUUUAUUAAAGGGCUGGUAAGUGUCUUCUGAAAUCUAAGCGAGAUUGUAGUUAAAUGAGCUCCUCUUUAAGCAGCUUGAAGAUAUUUAUAUCCGAACGUAAUUAUUAAAUACUGACAUUAAUUCAGAUUCUUUAAAUAUAUCCAGAAUAUACGAGAUAAUGUAAUUAAACAACAUAUCCAAGUUGAAAAUCCUUCUUGGGAAACUAAUAGUCGUUCAGAUAGUAAAUAAUUUAAACAGUUUAUGGAACCAGUCUUCAAAUGAAUUCGGAAAUGGACACUACUCUAAGCUAGUUCAGUUCAAUUUAGAUCUCCAUAAACUACUUUCGUAAUACCCAUCUACGGUAGGUCUCCCUGGUAGUUUUGAAUAUUCCAGUAUUCAGUUGUGCAUUUCUUAUCUCGUGAAUAUUUAGUUUUCGGAGCCACAGCAAACUAACAUGUAACAUUUUUCUAAAGAUGUGAAUCAUUUAUCCACGUUGUUCUGAAUUUCAGUUAUUGUUUUUCUUCAUGCUUGUAUAAAAUUGUGGAAGUUUCUGAAUAAGACACUUCCAGUACUCAGAAUGGGGCGUGAGAAUGUGACGGUUUUCCGUAGGCACCACUAUGCCACUCUGAGCAUUCGCCCGCUCCACUCUGUACAAACUACAACAGAGGUCGCACACGGCAGUUCGACGGAAAUUACUGCGAAGACUUUUCGUUUAAGCUGUCAAUCGUCUUGACUGCGAAAUACUAAGUGAAAUAUUAGGACGCAUGACAACAAUUUGCAUCGCGCCUAACAUCUGUGACAAAGCAGAAACAAGGGACAUUACACAAACUAAAUGUUGUAUUUGAAGUUGAUUUUUAUAUAAGAAAAGGCAACAUAAUAAUUGUAAUUGAAAAUUAUUACCAUAAAACGUAUAUUGUACGAUUACAACUAUAUAUCAUGUGAUAAAAUAAAAUGUAAUCCUGUUUUCA